AUGGAGAGCAUUGUGUGUCCAGUGGCAGGUGUUGGGAGGAGCAGUGUCCUCCUGAAGGAGGAGCCAGAGGAACAGGGCAUCAAACUGGAGGAGGACCACGUCCCAGUCUCGGGGACAGACCUGAACAUCGUCUGUGUGAAGACCGAGGGCUGCGACAGCGAAGACUCUGAGCUGUUCUCGGACUGGGACGGAGACGAAGAGCGCACGGCAUCCUCUUCAGCCGCGCAGAUGGAGACGGACUCUGAGGGCGACCGAGCCUCAGGUCUGUCCGCCCCAGAGACCACAGACAGGGGGCGCUGUCCGUUCUGUGGUGUGGUGUUCGGAUCCGAGGGCGAGCUCCAGCGCCACGUCCCGCUGCACACAGGAGAGCGCCUCAUCAGCUGCACGCUCUGCCACAAGGAGUUCAGCAAGAAGAGCAAUCUGACCGCGCACAUGCGGACGCACACGGGCGAGAAACCAUACAGCUUGAAGCAGUACUAUGUGGUAGUGAUGCAGUUCCAUGUGGUAGUGAUGCAGUUCCACGUGGUAGUGAUGCAGUACCACGUGGUAGUGAUGCAGUACCACGUGGUAGUGAUGCAGUACCAUGUGGUAGUUCCAUGUGAGACCCGGUCACACCGAGACACUGACACGGGCCUCCCUGGGCCUCCCCCGGGCCUCCCCCGCAGCAUCCUGGGACCCUCCCGUAUGUGCUAG